GUCCGCUGCAGCACCAGGCAGCAUCAUGCCCACAGCUGUGAUCAUGGAGGAGAAUUAUGAUAAAGUCUUAGAACAGUGUGAAGCUCAGGAAGUGGAGGCUCCAGGAGGCAUCGCAACCCCCCAAGUCUACGCCCAGCUGCUGUCCCUCUAUUUACUACACAAUGACAUGAACAAUGCCAGGUAUCUAUGGAAGAGGGUUCCCCAAGCGAUCAAAUUGGCAAACCCUGAAUUAGCAGCUAUUUGGGCCGUUGGCCAACGCAUCUGGCAGCGGGACUUUCCAGAGAUCUACACGGCCAUCGCAGCCUUCCAGUGGACAGAGAAUAUCCUCCCGGUCAUGGAAGCCCUUCGAGAGAGCACACGGCAGAGGGCGUACAGCCUCGUGGCCCAGGCCUACACGUCCAUCACAGCCGAGGACUUUGCUGCCUGCGUGGGCUACACGGUGGAGGAGGCGGUGAAGGGUGUGGUGAGUCAAGGCUGGCAGGCGGACCCCACCACCAGGAUGGUGAUGCCCAAAAAGCCCGAUCCUCCCCCCAUCUCACUGGUUCCCAACGAGCAGCAGUUGGCCCGACUCACCGACUACGUGGCUUUCCUGGAGAACUGAUAACCCACCGCUGCCACUGCCCCCCCCAUCUUCUGCCCGCUUGGUACUGAGGAAGAACACAAGUUCGGAUAGACUCUUCCUCCAUCCUACUUCCUGAUACAGAUGUACCAAAAGCACACCCAUCAUCUUGCAUGAUUGCUGCAAGCUCUUCUCUGAGACCUACCUAUUUAUAUUCAUCGACUUAGAAAAGCUCCCCCCUUGCUAAUUGGUUUCCUAAAACGUUGUUGUCUGUUGGACGACAACUUUGUGUGUAUAUUUUUUCUGGAGCCCUCUGACAUUUGGGUCUGAUCUCAGAUGAGGUUUUAGGAGGCGUGCUGCAUAUCAUGUCAGUAUGUUUUUAACCUCACACACACACCAGGGACAGUAUGUACAGUUCAUCCUUUCUGUUGAAGCACUCUUAGGUUUCCUGGACACACGUGUCUCCAGGUGACAGAAGUCUCAGCUUGCAUGCAUCAGUGUGGAGUUCAGUCCUCAGGCCUCAUAUCUCCAAGUUUAUGUUUUGACUGGUGAAUAAAUAUUUUUGCUGUUUCUA